AUGGAUAUUGAACGCGGUAUCCGCAACAACGCCAUACAGUAUGUGGCUUUUGAGGCCAUGUACAGCGCUGCUUACGACGUGGUGUAUGGCGCCUGUACGUGGCCCAGGCUCCUACUCAGCUACUGCCUAGGCAUGUUUGGCUUGAUACGCAAGAAGUACAACGAUGCUGAUGGACCACUGCCACCGGAGGAGAACAAUCAUGUUCAAGACAUGGCUGUAGCAGCUUCCCAAUCAGCAGCCAUUGGAAUAGGCGCAGGAGUCAUGGCAAGUCAGUCGGCUGCUGCUGGAGCUGGGGCAUCCUCCAUGACAGCUGCUGUCUCGGCUCUUUCCACGCCUACCAAGAUUGGCAUAAUUGUGGCGGCGGCCAUCACGGUGGCUGCUACUACUGCGGGAAUUGCCACAAGAAUCGAUGGAGGCAGCGGCAACACUGUUGGCCCCUGUGCUGGAAGCAUUGAAGCCACUGAUGCCAAGCAAGGUGUCUUGCAAAUCGCCUUUUCUUCCUCGGACACAAGCAACACGACUGACACACCUGCCACCAAUGAAUUGCUCUUAGAGAACAAAAAUGAAUUGGAAGAUACUUUUGCCCAAGUCUACAACAAUGUCACUGCCAAUUCCACCAACGGUGCCCUCAUUGAUCGAUGCGACAUUCGCCAAAUCCCAACUGGUGGUGUCCAGCUGAUGCAGGUUGAGUCAUCUGAAGAUGACAAUUUUACCAAUACCUUUUGGGUUGCCGAUGUGCAAUGCAAUGGAUGCUCCGACACAGACCCACUUUUUGGAACCAACACAGAAGGGAGUCCCCAAAUUGAGCCUGUGAGGGUUGUUGAUGAUUUUGUCGACCAGUUUACUCAAGCAAUACAGCCCAUUCUCACCACCAAUGAUCAAACACAAGAAACCAACCCAAUCGCCAGACCAUCACAGCUAGAACAAGAAGAUCCACCAAUAGACAUUUUGUUUGUGGCACUGGUGGAUCCCAGGACAGGAGAGAGACUCCCAGAACAGCCUCAACAGAUGGGACCUGGUGAUAUGAUUGAGCUGAUUCCAAGUUUAGACACAGUUUGGAAUGAAAAGACAAAUGACUCAGAACAAGACAGACUAGUAACAGGUUCUCCUUCUUCAACUAUUGCAUCUGCGCCUACAGCCACUUCCAACACAGGGCCGCCUACUUCUACAGAUGCCAAUCUUCCUACCACAACUACCAGCACAGAUUCAAACCCCACCCCAAACGUAGCCACAAACGCCGGAAACACAGAAUCAAGUUCCAACAAUGAGCUGCCCAAUGUCCCAUCAGCUGUAGAAAGUCCUAGUGGAGUAUUCAAUCAGGGAGCAACUGGUCCAAGUGUUGUUUCUGGCCCGGCCAGUUCUGUUGCCAUCAACCCCAUUGUUACCAAACAACCAAGCGGCAAUGCUGGCGCCUUUGCUCCAGCAGCAACAAGUCCAUCAUUCUCAAUGGACAAUAAACAUCAAGUUACAACCAAUGGCAACCAGCAGCCAGAACAAGGGCCAACCUACGAGCCAAACUCAUUAGCACCAGCUACCGGUGCAUCAAGCACCAAUCCCAUGUUGCCAUCCAUUGUGAUACCAGCAUCAACCCCAGCCAAUGGCAAUACAGCACCAAGUGUGGCUCAGCCAAUGGCUCUUUCUAAUGUUGACCAGACCAACACCCCACCAACAGCAAGCGUUCCAGGCCCUACUCCUCAUCUUCACACUGAUGUUACCAUUCCCCAGGCACCAAAACAGGCUCCUUCUCCUGCAGGCAUUCCAAACAUGCAAUCUAGUAGUGAGGCCCCUGUCAGCCCAAAUGCUAAGAUACAACCAACACAGCUAACAACCAAUUCUCCAGCAACCCUUGGAAAACCCACAAAAGAUCUGCUGACAAUGGUUCCAACAACCAAGAUGCUGUCACCGGAGACAUGUGCUGGCAACCCUAACUCCAUCAACCAUGAAAGCUUUGAAUGA